AUGAGCUUCUUGUGGACCGUAGCGUUGUGCUCUAUAGCUUUAGCCGUUGUGAAGAUCAGCAACUGGUUGUACCGAUGGUCAAACCCUAAGUGCAAUGGCAAAUUACCACCGGGAUCAAUGGGUUUCCCUAUUGUUGGAGAAACAAUCGAGUUCUUUAAGUCUCAUGGAUGCUAUGAGAUCUCACCCUUUGUCAAGAAGAGGAUGUCAAGGUAUGGGCCAUUGUUUCGGACCAACCUUUUCGGAUCCAACACAGUGGUUUUGACAGAACCAGAUGUGAUCUUUGAGGUUUUCCGGCAAGAGAAUAAGUCUUUCAUGUUAAGCUAUCCAAGCGCUAUAGUCAAGCCAUUUGGAAAAGAUAACUUGUUUCUCGAGCAUGGGGGCAUCCACAAACAGUUAAAACAAAUCACUCUGCAACUUCUUGGCUCUGAGGGUCUGAAGAGAAAUAUGAUAAGAGACAUGGACAGAGCAACCCGCGACCAUCUUAGAUCCAAGGCUAGCCAAGGGAGCUUUGAUGCCAAGGACGCAGUUAAAAGCCUGAUAUUGGCGCACUUUAUCCCGAAAAUGAUAAGUAACCUCAAGCCAGAGACUCGGAGAAAUCUUUUGGACCAAAUCAACGCCUUCAAUAUGGAUUGGUUUCAGUCGCCCUUUAGGCUUACGACCUUGAAAACUCUCUACAGAGCCUAUAUUGCACGCAGAGAGGCAGUGAAGGUGCUAAAUGACGCUUUCACGAGGAGGAAAGCGUCGAGAGACAAAUGCGGAGACUUCCUCGACACAUUGGUAGAAGAGCUGGAGAAAGAAAGCGUCAUUUUUGAUCAAGGAAAUUUUAUAAGCCUCAUGUUCGGUCUUUUGGUCCUCUCUAAAGAUUCUACCUCUAUCGUUAUUUGCAUGGCCAUUAAAUUCAUUUCCGAAAACCCUAAAGCUCUCGCAGAGUUGAAGAGAGAGCAUGAGGCAAUCCUUCAAAACAGAGAAGAUAAGGAAUCUGGAGUUACCUGGGAAGAAUACAGACACAAGAUGAUUUUCACCAACAUGUCCUUUCGGAGACAUUGGAGCCACAUGGAGAACCCCUUGCGCAGGGAUGACAUGCACGAACAAAUCGGAAAUGGAUACACGAUUCCAGCAGGUUGGAUUGCGGCGGUUGUACCUUCAGCCGUCCAUUUUGAUCCCACAAUAUAUGAAAACCAUUUGGAGUUUAAUCCAUGGAGAUGGGAGGGGAAAGAGUUGCGGUCUGCGUCUAAGACGUUCAUGGUGUUUGGAGCAGGAGCUAGACAGUGUGUUGGCGCCGAUUCUGCGAGGCUUCAGAUGUCAAUUUUCAUCCAUCAUCUUGUAACCAAAUACGAUUUCUCACUAGCCCAAGAAGUGGAGUUCGUGCGUUCACCAUUCCCACAUUUCCCAAAGGGACUGCCUAUCAACAUCUCCGAAUCACCCAAGUCCCUUGUUUAA